UCUUUCUUUGUGCAGGUGGAGCUGACCGGCAGCAGUGUCUUUGACUACAUCCACCCCGGCGAUCACGUAGAGACGGCAGAGCAGCUCGGCAUGAAGCUUCCUCCGGGCCGAGGGUUGUCUCUGUCCCAGGGAGCCGUCAAUGAAGAUGGGGCGUCCUCGGCUUCAUCGUCGUCGCACUCUGAGACGCCCGAACCAGUGGAGUCCAGCAGUCCCAAUCUUCUGGCUUCUGAUAAGAAUCUGGAACGAUCCUUCUUCAUCAGGAUGAAGUCGACGCUCACAAAGAGAGGAGUGCACAUCAAGUCCUCAGGAUUUAAGGUGAUACACGUCACGGGGCGUCUGCGCAUCAGGAUGGCUUUGACGCACAGCCGCUCGGUGCCCGUUCAGAUCAUGGGGUUGGUGGUGGUGGCUCACGCCCUCCCGCCGCCGACCAUCAACGAGGUUCGCAUCGACUGUCAAAUGUUCGUCACGCGGGUCAACCUGGACCUCAAGAUCAUCUACUGCGAGAACAGGAUUAGCGACUACAUGGACCUGACUCCGGUGGACAUUGUGGGGAAGAGGUGCUACCAGUUCAUUCAUGCUGAAGACGUGGAGGGAAUCAGAGAGUCUCACCUGGACUUGAUAAAUAAGGGUCAGUGUGUGACGAAGUACUACCGGUGGAUCCAGAAGAACAGCGGUUACAUCUGGAUCCAGUCCAGCGCCACCCUCACCAUUAACACCAAGAACGGCAACGAGAAGAGCGUCAUCUGGGUCAACUACGUCCUCAGUAAUCAUGAGUAUAAAGACAUACCUAUGGACAUCGCCCAGCUGCCCAACCUGCCCGAGAAAACUUCUGAGUCCUCAGAAACCUCCGAUUCUGAGUCCGAGUCCAAAGAAAACUCCGACAAUGAAAAUGCCAAGUCAGAAGGAAAGCCGAGCCACCAAUCAGAACGCGAGGACCCGGGGACAGACAGCAAGCGUCAGCAGCAGCCCGGCCAACCACAUUGCUCCUCAGACCAGGAAAUGAAGCGUCAGGAGGAAGGAGACAGCUCGAGUAACCCCGAGAGCCAGGAAAGCGAUGACAGUCUGGAACCUUCAGAUGGAGAGGGGGAGGAACAGGAGGAGGCAAGCGGAGGAGGAGGAGGAGGCGGAGGUGGAGGAGGAAGACUUGGGAGGUUAGCGGGACUGGGAGGGUUAGAGGGACUGAGCACCAUUGGAGGACUGGGUAAUCUGGGUGGGCUUCAUAUUAAAGUAGAGCGAUACGGAGAGGGAGAAGAAGUACAGCUGCACAAUUCGCAAACUUCUUCAUCAGAGGAAGAGGAAGAAGAGGAUGACGAUGAGGAGGAGGAAGAAGACGGAAAUGUGCAAGAUUGCGUCAACGGCAAUGUCGGAAGCAAGCUCCAGAAGAGGCGGAAGAGGAGGAAAGUGCAGAAAUGGGAUGGAUCCCGAAGCAGGAGGCUCCGUCUCUCCUCAACGACGCCCAGCCCUGUCGCCAUGGGAGAUACCACACCGCUAGUUGACCCCUCCGCCAACUCCUCCCACCUCCUCACCUCCGCUGGCUCCCCAACUAGUGCAGGUGCAACAUCCUCGGUCCUGAAAAUUAAGACGGAGAUGGCAGAGCCGAUCAACUUUGACAACGACAGCAGCAUCUGGAACUUUCCGCCAAACAGAGAGAUUUCCAGAAACGAGUCGCCGUACAGCAUGACCUCCAAGCCUGCUGCUCCGGGAUCUCAUGAGAACUUCCCCUCACCACAGGGAGGUUCUCUCCAGGUAGCCAUUCCUGACUCCGUCCUCACCCCUCCAGGAACCGAUGGAGGAGCGGGAGGAGUGAGGAAGCCUCCUUACAAUGGAAGCUCUGCGCCGUCCUCGGCUUCCAGCGCUGCCAGUUUAGCACCUCCCUCUAGUGCCUCCUCUGCCGACCCCCUGUCCCCUCCUCUCUCCGCCUCCCCACGGGAUAAGCAACAAGGCACUCCCACCACCUCCUCGUCUUCUUCCUCAUCCUCCUCCUCUUCCUUAUCAACCUCUUCCUCCUCGCUGUUGUACUCUGGCGACCUUGAGGCGCUACAGCGUCUGCAGGCCGGUAAUGUGGUGCUCCCAUUAGUGCACCGGGUGACGGGGACUCUGGCCUCAACCAGCACGACGGCUCCACGGGUCUACACCACCGGAACCAUCAGGUACGCACCAGCGGACGUCACCCUGGCCAUGGCGCAAGGCAACCUCCUCCCCAAUGCUGCCAUGAACUUUGUCGAUAGCUCGGGGUUCGGCCUGGACCCUAAGACGCCCAUGGAGAUGCUGUACCACCACGUCCACAGGCUCAACAUGUCGGCAGCGGCAGCCGCCGGCCCGUUUGUUGGAUCCCCGGCAGUCACAGGUGGGAACGGCGCCCUGGGAGGCCAGAUGCCAACUGCAGCCAACGUUUUCACCACAGCGGAGGGACUUUUCUCAACGUUACCGUUCCCAGUGUACAGCAAUGGCAUCCACACCACGCAGACAACUCUGGAGAGGAAGGAGGAUUAACGCAAAACGUUCGAGACCGCAUUACUGUGUUUCUGGAAUCAACAACUGUGUCAAAGUAAAAGACUACUCACUAGUAAAAAAAAAAAAAAAAAAAGAGACUAUUAACUUUCUAUCUUUUAUCAACACA